UCACUGGUUUUGUAGGGGAAAGGUCAUACCGAGUUGGGUGUCUGUGCACCCAACAGUACAUUAUUUGAAGCUUCCAGGAGAACAUCUAGAACAAAAAGUGUGUCCGACAAGUUUGGACUUUUCAUUUGUCAUCAUGGCACUGCUCAGAGGGGUAUUCAUUGUGGCUGCCAAGCGCACGCCAUUCGGUACUUACGGCGGCGUCCUGAAGGAGCACAGUGCAACAGACCUGGCCGAGCACGCGGCCAAGGCUGCCCUGGGUGCAGGAAAUGUGGCACCCGAGCUCAUAGAUAGUGUCAUCAUCGGGAACGUCAUGCAGAGUUCAGCGGACGCUCCCUACAUCGCACGCCACGUUGGUCUGAGGUGCGGAGUUCCCAUCCCAGUCCCCGCUCUCACUGUCAAUAGGCUGUGUGGAUCUGGUUUCCAGUCCAUCAUCAAUGGCGCUCAGGAGAUUUGUGUGAAGGACUCUGAGGUGGUAUUGUGCGGUGGUUCCGAGAGCAUGAGCCAGGCUCCAUAUGCCGUACGCAAUAUCCGAUUCGGUACAAAAUUUGGAUUUGAUCUCAAGCUGGAGGACACCUUGUGGGCGGGGUUGACUGAUCUACACGUAAAAAUCCCAAUGGGCAUCACAGCAGAAAACCUGGCGGAGAAGUACAAGGUUACACGAGAGGAUUGCGACAACUACGCGUACCAGACGCAGCAGAGGUGGAAAGCAGCUCAUGAGGCUGGCCACUUCAAUGCUGAAAUCGCUCCGAUUGAUGUGAAAGCAAAGAAAGGCAACGUGUCCAUGGCUCAGGAUGAACACCCUCGUCCUCAGACCACAAUGGAACAGAUGGCCAAACUGCCUACAGUUUUCAAGAAGGGAGGCACUGUUACUGCUGCUAAUGCUUCAGGUGUGUCAGACGGCGCUGCCGCAGUGGUGAUUGCCAGCGAGGAUGCGCUCGGUCAACACAAGCUCACUCCACUGGCCAGAAUUGUGGCCUAUCAUGUGUCGGGCUGUGACCCGAGCAUCAUGGGAAUUGGCCCAGUUCCAGCCAUCACCGAAGCUCUCAAAAAAGCAGGACUGUCACUCAGUGACAUGGACCUGGUUGAGGUGAAUGAGGCCUUUGCUCCCCAGUACUUGGCUGUAUCCAAGGCUCUCGGACUAGAUCCAGAAAAAAGCAACGUUAACGGCGGCGCUAUUGCCAUCGGACAUCCUCUCGGAGCUUCAGGGGCUCGCAUCACCGCUCACCUGGUUCAUGAACUCAGGCGACGAGGCGGAAAGUACGCCGUCGGAUCAGCUUGCAUUGGAGGCGGUCAAGGAAUCGCCAUCGUCCUUGAAAAGUGCUGAAUGUGCUGUCAAACCGUGAAGAAGAAGAAUGCCAUUAAUGUUGAAUCACAUGAUCACAUUCAGACAAAUGCUGCUUACAUACACACCACAUUGCAUUUUGAUUCAUAAGCAGGAAGGACCGAUUCCUGGUUUAUUCUGAGACUUAGGCCUACUGUCCAGUACAAUAUGAUUUACAGUCGAAUUGUGGUUUCCUCUUAACCAUUUGCAACAUCGCUCUAUUUACAAAAAAUAAUGUAGAUACAUGUUGCAGUCCGGUGUUGCCUUACUUUAAGUUAAUGACAUAACUGUAUUAGUAUUACAACCUAAUGGAUGAUUUGUGUCGCUUUUACCUCAGGGUAUAUUAAAAUGCAUAAAUGGUAUGUAUAGUAUACAUUUGCCUUGUAUUUUGAUCACUCCGCCACAGAUCAGCUGUACUUUACACUUCAUAUAUUUUGUAUUUCUGCGCUAGUUGAUCUGAAUAAAAAUACAUUUUGGGAAGAAUC